AUGGAUGUGAAGCAGACUAAUGCCCUGUUCUAUCCACGACUAUACCCUGUGCAUAAUCUGGCUCCAAACUUUGAGGGUAGUGUCUAUCCUCCACCGGCCAUCCGUUGUUCCUAUGACUAUCUCCAACCCGACGGAGCGUAUCUGCUGGACAACGGGCUCAACCUUUUCCUCUGGCUCGGGGCCGCACUGAGCGCGGAUUGGAUUCAGGCCAUUUUUAAUGUUCCCAGUGCUCGCCAAUUCGAACCGGAACGAGUGCGUAAUCAGUUCGUUUGA